ACGAGUUCAAGUGACAGUACGCGGACACUGGACAGUGACCGAUGUUUGCCAAAAUUCCAAGAAAUAAAACUAAAUUUUAUCUUGGAUACCAUUAAAUUUUCUUUUCCAACGUCAGUCGGUAAUACUGAGUAACACAAUUCGCAAGUGUCGUUAAAAUUUUCAAUCGUGAAUAAUGUUCUAAAACAAGAGUUAAUAAGUAUGUUCAUAGGAAGAAAAUAAAAAUAAUAAAUCGAGCAGUUGAUCACUCAUUCUUAGAACUUUUAGGACAAUAAUAAUGAUUUACUAAGGACCACAUAGGAUUUCUGCGGACUUCGUGUAUUCGAAAAACUAAGUGUCUAACAGGAUGGAUUGCCAUUCCGUUAAGGUAUUAAUGUGGAAACACCUCACGGUGCGUAUGAGGAGGUACUUUCACACCCUUGUAGAGCUUCUGUCGCCAAUAGCAUUGAUUUUGCUAUUCAGUGCUCUAAAUAUUGUUAAGACACCUCCCGAUCAUGUUGUGUCAUCAGCUCAAUACAACCCAGAAUAUCAUUCUAAGAACUUUGAACGUCCAAACUGCAUUUAUUAUUAUCCAGAAACGAACCUUACAAAAACACUCAUGGACCAAGUUGCCAAGAAAUUCCACAUUGAGAAAAUAAUUUGCUCAGGUGGUUUCAAUUGGGGUUACUGUCCGAUACAAAAUGAGUCUUUCUUCAAACAGAUGGCUUAUUCCCUCCCAUACAAAGAUGCAGUCGUCAUUUUCAAAGACAUGUCAUCAGACGAGUGGCCGAAGAAUCUUGUCUAUACAAUACGUAUGAAAAGGGAAUUUGACACGGACCUCAUAUAUCCUAAGGACGGGAGGCUGAUCCCGCAUUCGGCUUUUAGCUUUGAAUACAGACAAUUCACCGCUCUACAGUGGACGAUCGACACCAGUUACAUAGAGGUGCUGACCGGGAAAGACAUUAAUAUAGACAUGUCCAUGCAAGAGUUCCCGUAUUAUUCGUGGAAGAACAACGACCCGAAUAUAACGACGGGUAUAGCAAGCAUCUGUCAGCUGUCUCUGCUGCUGGUGUUCGUGUUCCUCAUGUCGAGACUUUUGAACGAGCGAGCGACCGGCAUACAGGAACUAAUGAAAAUGGUCGGAGUGUCGUCGAGCAGCCUGACCGCGUCGCACUUCCUGAACGUGCUGGCGGGCGGCGUGCUGUACGCGGGCGUGGUGUGCGGCGUGCUCACGGCGGACGUGGCGCUGUUCGAGACGCGCGCGGCCGCCGCCCUGCUGUGCGUCGGCCUGCUGCUGCACUUCGUCAGCGUCGUCGGGGCCGCCUUCGUCUGCAGCUACAUCGUGAGAAGCACACAAUACGUGGCGUCGGUGUCGGUGAUCUCGUACGGGGUGCUGGCAUACCCGAUACACGCGCUGCGGGGGUUGACCAUGCCCGGCGCGCUGAGGCUGCUGACGGGGCUGCUGCCGCACGUGCCGCUCGCCUGGCUGCUGGACGAGCUGAGCGUCUUGGACGGAAACGGUGAGUCGAUCACAGUGUCGUCGAUAAUGAAGUCCCACACGGCCGUCAGCUACUCCGUGUUCGUGAGCCAUCUGAUGAUGCUGGCCCAGAUCCUAAUAUUCUUCUUCCUGAACUGGUAUCUGUCUCUGGUCAGACCCGGAAAGUACGGACAAGCUUUACCCUGGUACUUCUUGUUUAAGAAACAAUACUGGUCGAAGAACGAAAUAGGGCCCAAGUUCGACUCGGACGCCGAGGAGCAGGUGCCGAUAGUCAACGACAAGAAGUACUUCGAGGAGCCGCCGCAGAACGCCGAGGUUGGCAUCCGGAUCUGCAACGUGUCCAAGGUGUUCCAGAAUCAGAAAGCCCUCGACAACGUGUCGCUGGAUGUGUACAAGGGCGAGAUCACCGUGCUGCUGGGACACAACGGCGCCGGCAAGACCACCCUCAUGUCCAUCAUAACCGGUAUGAUGAGCGCGACCGAGGGUAAGGUGUACGUGAACGGCACGGAGACUGCCUCCCAGCAGAGGGAAGUCCGGAAGCACCUCGGGCUCUGCCCCCAGCACAACCUGUUCUUCCCGGACCUCACCGUGCUCGAACACGUCAUGUUCUUCACUAUGCUCAGGGGAACAUCCUUCAGAGAAGCGAAAGCGUCUUCGAAAGCUCUUCUCGAACAGUUGGGUAUCGCGGAUAAAGCGAACAGCAACAGCUCCGAGCUGUCCGGCGGCAUGAUGAGGAGGCUGCAGCUGGCGUGCGCGCUCGCCGGCGACGCGGACGUCCUCAUCCUGGACGAGCCCACGUCGGGGCUGGACGUGGAGACCAGGAGGAGCCUGUGGGACCUGUUGCUUAGCGUGCGAGGGUCGCGCACCGUGCUGCUGUCCACGCACUUCAUGGAGGAGGCGGACGCGCUGGGUCACCGCGCCGCCGCGCUGCACCACGGCCGGCUGCGCUGCCACGCCUCCACCAUGUACCUCAAGAAGGCCAUCGGUACGGGAUAUCGGCUGUCGUUCACGACGAUCGGGCUGCCCAACGAGGCGGCCAUCACCGCGGCCGUCGCGUCGCUGGUCCCCGAAGUGACCCUCAAGGAGAAGUCGCUGAACACGCUCGCGUACAGUCUGCCGGCCGCGCACGCCCACAGGUUCCCGGACCUCUUCCUGGCGUUAGAGUCGAACCGAUCUAAAUUGGGCAUCGACUCCAUCGGCGUGGGCAUCUCUACGCUGGAGGAAGUAUUCCUGAAACUUUGCAGCGAUGUCGACACGAUCUUCGCCGACGCCAAUGGUGACACCAGCGAAACUGCGGACCACUACCAGGAGCCGCAGAGUAAGAGGCUGACCGGCUUCCCCCUGUACCUCAGACAAUUCAAUGUCCUAAUGAAAAGGCAGUUCAACUACAUAAUGUCCAAGAAACUCUCAUUUUUCUUAUUGCAAGUCCUGAUACCUAUGCUAGUGAUCGGCCUGGUCACGGAGUCCGUGAACCACGACUACGGGUCCGCGCGGGCCGACGUCAGCGCGCCCAUGACCCUCGACCUGUACAAGGACAUCGACGGCCUCAAAGCUUUGUACAACGUGAACCAAGAGGGAGUCAACUUCAAAGCGAUCACUAACGCCUACCCGCACGUCAAGUUUGAGGAAAAUACAGACAUCGUCAAUACAACACUGGGCUACGCCAAGGGUGAUCCAAUGAAGUACAUUAAAUACGUUCUGGGUGUUGAACUUAAUUCCACACAUGCAAAGGCAUUGUACACGACGACAAUCCGGCACGCCGCUCCGAUAUCGGUGAACGUCCUGACGAACCUGCUGGCGACGCUGCACGCGCCGGCGGCGGGCGCGCGCACGCUCACCGCCGUCAACGAGCCCGUGCGCGCGGAGCUGGCGGCCGCACCCUCCUCCGCGCACUCCUCCGCGCCCUCCGCCAAGGACACUAAACAAGUCUUCGUCGUCCUCCUUUGGAUAUUUUUAGUGGUUUUCACGAUUCUAUCGACGACCAUAAACGCGGUGUCGCUGCCGUGUGCGGAGCGGGAGUCGGGCGCGCGGCACACGCACGUCAUGUCGGGCUGCCCGCCGGAGCUGCACUGGGCCUCCACGCUGCUGUUCCACCUGGCCGUCUGCACCGCGGCGCUGGUCGUCCCCACGCUGGUCAUCGCGGCCACCGUCGAACGAGACCAGACCAUCAACCAGCCUGGCUUCUUGCUAACGUUCUUCCUAAUCUUGGAGCUCGGCGCUAUGGCUUUCUUCGCGUUAAUAUAUUUAGUGAGCUUCCACUUCAACGAGACGUCGGCCACUAUCGUGCUAUCCGCCAUCGUUAUUAUAUUCGGCAUCUUCACGCCCUCAGUGAGCGUCAUCUUCACGAUCCUCGAUGAUGCGAAGGGUGUUACCUACUACGUGUUCUCGGUGAUCAACUACGUGGUCCCGCCUCACACCGUGAUGGUGGCGAGCGUGCUGGCGGGCAUGCGGGCCGUGAACAACGCCAUGUGCAAACUGGACUCGGAGUUCUGUUCCAUCGCCAUCGGGAGACAGAUGACCACCGUUUCAAAGGAUCUGGAUCCGACGUGCUACCUAUGCUUCAACGACAUCGCCCCCACACGCUUCGUUAUAAUGCUGUUCGUUCAGUUCGCCUUUUUAAUGAGCCUGGUGCUCCUUUCGGAGCGGGGCUGGCUGAACGGCUGCUUCGACGCGCUCAUGAACCGCGCCUACCCCGCCGCGCCCCCCGCCGCCUCCCCCUCCGACCUCGUGCGCGCCGAGGCCGCUUACGUCAGCAAGGCGAUCACACUGCCAAGCAACCAAAUCAAGGACGUUCUGUUAGCGGACAACCUGCACAAGAGGUACCCCAAGAUCUUCGGCAAGUCCUGCAACGCCGUCAAAGGAGUCAGUUUCUCGGUUAAGAAAGGAGAAUGCUUUGGCCUCCUCGGCGUGAACGGAGCCGGCAAGUCUACCACCUUCAAGAUGCUGACGGCCGAGGAGUGCGCCACUCGAGGCAACAUUUUCGCGAACGGCUACCACCUGAAGCGCAGCGUCGGACCGUACCUCCGCUCCCUCGGCUACUGCCCACAAUUCUUCGGGCUGGACGACUUCCUGACCGGCGCCCAGAACCUGGCCUUGCUGCUGACCCUGCGCGGACUCGACGUCGUCGACGUGAACGCCGAGGUCGCGUCCUGGAUACAGAUCGUAGGGCUGGAGAAGUACAUGCACCGGCCCGUGUCGGGCUACAGCGGCGGCUGCAAGCGGCGGCUGGCGGCGGGCGCGGCGCUGGCGGCGGGCGCGGCCGUCACGCUGCUGGACGAGCCCACCGCGGGCGUGGACGUGGCCGCGCGCCGCCGCGUGUGGGCCGCGCUGCGCCGCGCGCUGCACCGGGGACGCGCCGUCGUCAUCUCCUCGCACAGCAUGGACGAGAUGGACGCGCUGUGCUCGUCGAUAGCCAUCCUGUCGGCGGGCGGCGUGCGCGCGCUGGGCUCGGGCGCCGCACUGCGCGCCGCGCACGCCGCCGGACACGCGCUGCUGCUCAAGAUCGCGCACGCACCUGCCGCAGACGAAGUGGACGGUGCCAAGGGUGAGCUGGACCGGCUGAAGGGCGUGCUGCACCAGUCCUUCGACUGCACCCUCAAGGACGAGCACAAGACGAUGCUGCACUACCAUAUAAACGAAACAAUGAAAUAUUCGGAACUCUUCACUCAGCUCGAGGAACUAAAGGCCAACUUCCCCGGGCUCGUGGAGGACUAUUCGGUCACGGAGACCACCCUGGAAGAGGUGUUCCUGUCUUUCGCCAAAGAACAAAAUGAACCCGCGUCCGUAUGAACCAGCCUCAAUUUAAAUAGCUCAUUACCGGCUUUUUUUAAGGGCUUUUGUGACUUGGUAACUAAGACCUUUAAGUCAUCUUUCAUAUUAAAUUCAUAUUCUUAUUUUUAUGAAAAACGUUAAUAUGGAGUGAAAUGAAAUGAAGAUGAUUAAUUUGAGACAUUAAUCAACUGGGAUGAAAUUAAAUGAUAUGAGAUGAGAUGGUAUGGGAUGAAAUAUAAUCUCAGUAUAAUGGUGGUUAUUUUCUAAGACUUUUUCAGUUGAAUUUUUAGAGGAUCCCGAGGAGUUACGUCCAGCGGCUUUUGUUUCAUUUUCCCACAUUUGUGCACUUUCACAGAUAUUAAACAGUUAUUAUUACACAUUGCAACCUGAAGAAACACUAAAUAGACAAAAUAGAACAAAUCACUUAAUUUCACUCCUCGCGUUCCCCUAUGUUCACAUAUGAUGUGUUCGUGUACCUUAGAGACACAAGAUUAUCGUCUAUCCUCUUCUAACGCUUUCGUUAAGAAGAAGAAGCAAUGGCAGUCUAGAUCCGAUCCAUCGAGAUCACCAUCGCUAACAGAUUCAAAUUACUUUAAAAUCCAGUUACCAUGAUUCCUAAAAGAAUAAAAAAAUAAUAUAUAUAUAUUAUCUAUCCACAUACUUUUAACGUUAAUAAACCACCGUUAUUACAGUUUUAAGCUGCUUAUCGUUGUAAUGUAGUUGAAUAGCGUGUGCUAUAUGUUCUCUUUGCGUAAAAUAAGCUAACAUUACGGCUUUUGUAUGAAUAAUGUAUAUAGUAUCCAUCGCAGACACAAUAUACCCGUAAACUACAUAUAUAAAUUAUAUGACCACAAUAAAUACAUUAUUUUAAAUAUUAGAUUAAAAGCAAAACAGCUAGGUAUGCGCUUUUCGUUAUGUGUCGAUAGCGUGCUGUAAAUAUGGCUUUGCUAUGUCGGCUUUAAAUAUUUACCACUCUGAAAAGAGUUUUAAACUACGAUUAAUAUAAUUUUUUUUUAUUUGACAAAGUAAUUUCGAAAACUCUGAUUUAAUAUGUGUAACGUGUUGAGCACACACUUAAAGAAUUGUCUCUUUUUUUUUCUUUCUUAUAUAAUAAUACCUCGUUUUAUUUUACCACAGACUUAUUCAAUAUUUACUCUCAUCUAACAUAACAUAACAUCACAUAAUAUUUCUUUAAUUUUAAUAACAAUUAUACUAUGUUAGAGAUUUCGUGUGAUUUAAUGAAGCUAUUUUUAUAUCACACAACGUUUAUAACAUUUUAUUAUUGACAACUCGAAAUAAAGUAAUUAAAAUAUUACAUUGGUAUAAAUCUGCAUUCAGGUAACGUGUGAUGUUUGUAUGCUCUUUUUUUUUGUAAACUUAAUUUUAAUUUUUUUUUAAACCUGAGGCUAUAUAUCACUUCAUAUGUAUUUGUUGAGUCAACAAAAAGCUACAGAUUAGAUAUUAUACUUAAUUUUAUUAUAAUUACAGGGCUGAUAAAUAAUAUAAGUAUGUAUGUAAUGUACUCAGUAAUUCACACUGUGUAUACAUACAAGCGUCUUGGUGGGUUUCAUGAGGCUGUUACGGAAGUCAUUAGCCGGCAUUGCCAAAAAGCCUAUAAGCUAGGAAUAUAAUAAAAUAAAUAUUUAAUAUUAGACACACUAGCAGUCUGUGUGUUGUACCGUGUUCUAUGCAGCAGCAGCGGGCAUGUCCGUAUAGGGGUCAAUAAUUUAAAGCGCUUUAUAAUACAAUUCGGUUGUUUUGAGCCGAUCUCAAAACAUUCUCAAAACACGCAAUGAAAUCUGAAAUCGGAUGACGUCAGAAGUCAACGACCUCGUGUGCCGUGUGAGAGCGGUCUGCGCUUUCCAUUGCGUCUUCACGGUUUAAAUAUAUCAAGAGGUGAAAAGCUAUUUCGUUUAAGCGACGUUUUAUAAUUAAAGGUGCAUUUUAUUUGAUAUUAGCAUCAACAGUUCGAUGUUUUUAAUGGAACUUCAAUUUAACGACCGUCUGGUAUAGUGGUAAGUGACAUGGUCACUACACAAGGGGGUUGCGGGUUCGAAUCCCACCAAGGAAAGAUAUUUGUAUGAUAAAUAUAAAAAUGUCUUUCCGAGGGUUAUGGAUGUAUGUUAAAUAUAUUUAUGUGUAUAAUAAAAAUCUUACAUUUAUUUCCGUUAUCUGAUACCUGUAACACAAGUUCUUUACGAACUUAGGACGGGACCAGACGUGGAGUGAUUGUUAAAAAAAAUUGCUAAUGAAAUUGCUAAUAAUGAAUUGUGUUUACUCCAUUGAAAGAUCUGAAGAAUUUUUUUUUAUGAUAUAUUUUCCAAAUUGGUUUUCCAAAGUUUAAAACUUUAAAUGGCUCUCCAAUAAAGAUGCCAAAAUGUCGUUAAAAACCAAAUAACCUUCCACCCCUCGAUAUAAUAAUGACAGUCUUACACUUAACCAAAGUAUUAAUUACCCUUAGUACCUUGUAUUUACUGUAAACUGAACUUGUCCCCGUCGCUGCGAGAUACAGAAACAUAAAAAACUAGGCAUUCCAAAAUUUUUGUCUUUAUUAAAUAUAUUAAUUAUUAAAUAAAAUUAAAAAGAAAAGUGCCUAUUCUAUUAUAAAAAUUUUUUUUUUUUUUAUAGGCGAUAAAAAUACUUGCGUUCUCGAAAUAUUUUGUAACAUUUACAUUACCGGAUAAUUCACUGAUGUGAUAAUAACAUUAAUAUAUAUACAUGUAAUGUAGUAAUUUUUAGGGAUAAGGAAUUUGCCUAUAUUAAGCAAAUAUUGAUGUAUUUUUGCCUCCCAGUAGUAAUUAUUUAAUUUGGUAUUCUAUACUAAAAUUGAAAUGUAGUUAUGUACAACUAUAUAUAGUGAGUUUCAAAUAAGAAUGUGCACGUCAAUGACCUUGAUCUGUCAAAGUUCGAUAAAAAAGUAUGGACAACAACAAAAAAAAGUUUCUUCUAUUUUUUUGGGAUUUUUUUCCAUAAUUAUUAAGACUAUUAAUAUGUUUGUCUUAAUGAACCAUACACAUCUUAGAAUUUUCUUGAUAUAUUGAGUACUGGUCGAGGUAAAUUAAACAUGAAAUUAGAUUAUAUAAAAAAAAAAAAAAAAAAAAAAACCAAUACCAAACCUAUUGCAAUACUGUCGGGCACUAUAAUCUAAGGAUGGGCGACGAUGAUGAUAAUUACUCAAGCAGUGACAUGAGCGGAAUUGGCAAACUCGAACAUUUAGAUUAUAAAUUAAUAUUUAAAAAUGCCUACCUUUUUACUGACUUUACCUACUUUUUUCGAUUUGACAGCUAUGACGUCACAAUAUGGCGCAGGUCCAUGCACAAUCUUAUUUAAAACGCAUAUUAAACAUAAAUACUGUUAUACUAUAGCAUCGCCACGUUCAAAAUACUACAAUUUGGUGUGUUCGGUUUUAAAAAGUUUUUCCUCUAAUAUUAUGAUUACUUGAAGUAAUUUAAAUUUGAGCAAGAUAGAAAAGAACAAUGGCAAUUUUUUACCUGAAUGUUUUAAAAGACGUCUUAGAUUAAGACAUAAACGAAACUUCAUCAUUUUAUUUGCUCGUUUUUUAUACGAUGUUAGAUUUACGUGGCAAAGCCACGAAAAAAUGAUAAUUUAAUAAGCUUUUAAUUCGAUUUUUGUGUACUUCCGGCUUAAUACAUUUGUAAAGGAUGGCAUUUAUACUAUUGGCACCAAAAAGCAAUAUUUUAUGGUAAUGAAUACUAUUCAUAAAGUAUUUAAAAUGAAAAUAAUAAUAUUAAUUUAUCCUUUGUUACAAUUAAUACUUAAAUAACUAAAUAUGUAAUAGUAAUGCCAGCACUGCAGAUGACAAUGAUUUGAACAGUAUAACAACUGACAUAAUGCGCAUGACUAUGCCCGUCCAUAAGGCUCGUGAGUGGAAGAGAGAGCAAAAUACUCGUUUCACUGCUCCGAUUUUUUAUGACCCAAACUGCACGGACAAAAUAAUUCUACUAUAGUAAAUUAGCUUUGCAAGCCUUCGUUUGUCGCAAUUAAGUGAUUAAUUCGUUCAAAAGGUUAAAAGUACCUAUCUCUGACACACAUUUUUACACAUUUACAAAGAAGAAAGAACAAACUAUAUAAUAUGUAUAUGUAGGUACCUAGAUAGCUCUGCAAUUGCUAAGGGUACCUACUCGAGUACUAUUAGAGGUGUAUCCUUGGUUCAUCUAUGAUAAUGAAAUUAAAAAUGUUAUUUAAACAUAAAAUAUCAUUUACUUAUUUUUUCAAUUUGUCCGUGCCUACAAAAAUCAGAGACAUCUAUUUAUUGAUAGAUAACCUCAAAUUAUAAAGUAAACACGUUGAUAUCUUUUUUUUUGUGACUUUCUAAUACCAAAAAUAUUUCUGAUUAAGCUUAAGCUAUGUUAUUCCUAUCGUUUUAGUAUUUUUUUGUUUCAAGACGCCUCAAAUAGAUAUCAGGUAAAAUGUUGUAUAGAAAGCUGCCAUUGUUCUUUGAAAUCUAUUUAGUCUUGGGAGUGCGAAAGAGACAGCUACAUGUUCCUGAUACGCGCUUUGAAAUAUAAUAGCUGAGCUGUUUCGCGCGCAAUGUGAUAUAAACGAAAACUACCCUCCUGUGUACUGAAGCGGUAUGGCUUUUGUAUCGACUUUCCUAAAUGAACUUUAUAACUAUUUAAUUAUAUGUAAGCUUUAGAACGAAAUCUGUGUCAAUUAUAUUAGUGCACACAGAUUAGUCGAACAAAUAGGAAAAGUUGUUUUAAAAACAUUCCAUAACCCGCGUCAUACUUUAAUAACGCCAAUAAUUAAUUAUAGUAUAAUAAUUAUAUAAUUAAAGUAAUACAAAUACAGAGUACGUUAUUGGUUUGGUAAAUUGUCAAUUUUAGAUGCUUGCAAUUUUUAUGCUUUUGAUGUUUCGCACAUAAUAUCUGAGAAGUUUCUUAAUUUUACUUUUUAUAUGUUAUAUUAUAGUUAUAUAUUUAAAUUUGCACAAGUUCUAAACCGAUCGAAAUGGACGUGAGAUUCUUUAAGCUUCGAAUCCGCUAUGAUUUGAUUUACAAAUCUAGGUUCAAUUGGUGGAAACUCCCGUGUUUUUAGUAUAUUGAUGAUAAUAUAAAAAAUGAACAGCUUGGACGCUCUUAAGCCCAAUUCUAAACGCUUCUUAGUAUAUGGUAGUUCUCAGGUUCUGACUAAACAAUAUGAGCUUUCUUUCGGAGUACUUGAACCUCAUUGCUUAAUGCUUUCGCGUGGUGAACGCUGGAGAUCCUGGCCAUAAGAUUUACAGUAAUGGGAUUUAAGGGAAGAGAAUUAUACCCUAUAAACGAUUUUUUUGGAAAACUGGAAUGAAUUAAUCAGUGCCGAUAUGUGAUCUAUUAAAAUAGCACAAACAAGUAAAACAGUGAAAAUUAAACAAAGUAAUCCAUUCAUUACAAGACUGACAGAAACUAGACUACGAUUGUAGACACAUCCACUCAUAGUUCAAACAGGUGAAUCCACUAACAAUCACACAAAAUGCUACUUACUGCAUACAUAUUUUCAUUAAAAAAAUCGGCCUUAAAAAUCACCUAUAUAAAAUUAACAGUAACGCUUUUUACCAAAGUUUUCGAACAAGUAAAUUAAAAAGUACUUGGUUUUUAACGUGCUAUUCGAAUUUAAGAUGUUUUUCGGACGGAAUUAAGACUUAAUUUAUUAUUGUAGAAAUCCCGCGUAAAAUUGUGGACGUUCUGACGUAUCAAAGAACUGACAUGUGACCGUUUUGUGUUAAGUUGAGAAAUGAUACUCGUAAUCUUUCAUCUCAAGUGAACAUUUUUUUUUUUAUUUCAAUAAAACAAUGGUGCUCACAGGGUGUUCUCACAAAAUGUUGUUUUAAGAACAAACACCUAUAUGCGCGUAGAAUAAUCUUUGAUUAAAUUAUUAUUUUUCCUUUGUUUAAUGUACCUAUCGUUUUUUUUAAUAUAUUUUUCACAUUAAAUAAAAAUGUCCAUUGUACUUACUUUUGUAUCUAAAUGUGUACAAGACUGCAUUUAUCUUGUUUAUUGGAAAUAAAUUCGCACUGGAAAUA